UUCUAGCAAAUCCUGCUCAGGUUCUUGUACUUUGUACUCGGUAGCUCGAUCGCAGUUGUUCGACACGAGACAAAUCAUCGACGAAACCCUCGCCAAAGCCUCCGCCGUUACGACGCCAGAACGUAUACAUCAGACAGCGAACUGAGCAUGCCCAGAGUAGGGACCAGUUUCAAUAAAAUUCAAUUCAUGAUUCAGUAUGCCCGUCACGAAAGAAUCGCCAUCUGAGGCACCAGUCCUCGACAGCAUUGCCAUGGUCCCACCAGAAUCGUCUGCAGAAGAAGGCCCAAUAUCAACACCACAAGACAGAAAAUGGUCCAUCCACUCGCCAUGGGCAAAAAGAGGCAUUGUUCUAUGCUCGGCCAUGACCGCCUUCUUCUCCCCCUUUUCGUCGCAGAUCUACCUCCCCGCCAUGACAUCCAUAGCCAGCGACCUCGACCUCUCCAUCUCCCAGGUCAAUUUGACCGUCACCACCUACAUUGUCACCCAGGCCAUCCUGCCCAUGUUCGUGGGACCGCUGGCAGAUACUUUUGGACGACGUCCUGCGUACCUCCUCUGUGGCCUCAUCUACAUCGCAGCCAACAUUGGACUCGCCGAGGCACCAAACUACACUGCGCUUCUGGUUCUCCGGAGUCUCCAGUCAGCAGGCUCCAGUCCCACGGUCACGCUCUGCGGUGCCGUCAUUGCAGAUGUGGCCACGUCCGCCGAGCGAGGGACGUAUGCUAGCAUCACUGGUAUCCCUACUGUUCUUGGCCCGGCACUGGGACCAGUGGUGGGAGGCCUCGUGUCGCAGAAUCUGGGAUGGCGCUGGAUCUUCUGGCUGUUGACUAUAUUGGCUGGGGUCAAUCUCUUAAUCAUCAUCUUAUUCCUCCCCGAGACGUGUCGCGCCCUUGUCGAUGAUGGGUCUGUGGCGCCACCGAGGCUGUAUAGGACGGCAUGGCAAUGGACGGCGGAAAGGCGAGCAACAGGCGACAUUCAAACAGAAAAUCCACAACAGCGCGAUGAGAGACCAAAAAAGCCUGUCAUGGCUAGUAUACUCGGCAACUUUGCCAUGUUGUGGGAGAAGGAGACGGGCCUGCUACUGGGCAGCGGAUGCCUGCUGUUUGCCGCGUACACGGGUCUCACAACAGCCCUGGCGACAAACUUUGCGCGGGCGUACGACUUGAGUCCCACGGACACGGGGCUCAUGUAUCUCCCCAUGGUGGCCGGUACUCUGUUGGGCGCCAUCCUCGCGGGGCCCAUGAUGACCUGGAACUACAAGCGGCACUGCGCUCGCCAGGGUGUUCCCUACGAUCGUUCGCGGCAGAUUGAUCUCUUGGGUUUUCCUAUUGAGAGGGUGCGUCUCGAGAUUGGGAUUCCCUUCCUCGCCGCGAGUGGUGUCGCCAUCAUGGCAUGGGGCUGGGCGGUGCAGAGCAAGGUGCACCUGGCGGCACCUUGUAGUAUCAGUGCCGUCGUGGGACUCGGGAUGACAAUCUUCAACAACACGAUCUGGGCGCUGUUGAUGGACAUUCACACGGCCAGGGCGGGGACAGCGACAGCGGGAGCGAACCUUGGACGAGGGGUGGUGAGCGCGGCCACUACGGCGUUUAUUGCGCCUGCCAUUGAUGGACUGGGGAUGGGUUGGACGUUUACCGUUCUCGCUGCUCCCUAUGCGAUUCUGGUUCCUAUUAUGUGGUAUGUCAUGGCGAAUGGCAUGCGAUGGAGGGCUCAGCAGGCCCAAGUACUGGUUGGGAGAGCGCAGGCAGAUGGAGAGGAUAGUGGCGGUGUCGAGGGCCAUGCUCCGUCUGGGAAGUGAGGAUGUGAUGAAGCGUACUGGGGGUCACAGGUCUCUGGCAGAAUGCGGUGAUACCGUUGGCCAGCGCGGCGCUCAGGGGUGAGUGAGACACGCUCUUUGAGACUGCGCUCCCAGACGCAAGCUCUGAGCACCGUGGCAGCAUCAACUGGCACAACCAUCCUAUAUGUUGUACUGCCGUAUACAUUUAUCUUCAAUCCGAAUGCGGGCGACCUUGGCAGGGAGACUGGUUACGUGCACUCUGAACUGUGCAUACUGGGUGCGUCAGGCACGUGGCUUCGGA